AUGAAUAAUCUUUAUUAAUUUGACAGAUCAUUAUUGACAAUAGAUAUCCCAGGGGCUUAACCUAGAAAGAAAUCAAUAUAAUUGAAUAAAAUUGAGAGUUUAGAUAUCAAAUAAACUAGACAAUUAAAAUUAUAGUAACAGUCUGUUAUUAAUUAUACUAUCUUUUAGAUUAAAUAUUGCUCAAUAAAAUCAACAGUAUGGUAGAAGAAGAUAUCAACAUGAUUUUCAUCAUUUUUGCAAUAGUUUUGUUCCUUAAGGUGAAAACUAUUUUGAUGGAUCUUAAAAAAAACAUUAUAAUCUACAGGAAGGUGAAAUAAAGUAAAUGAGAGCCCUUGAAAACAUCUAUGAUUAACCUAAGUAUUUUUAUAUUAAAUGAUGAAAUUUAUAAGGUGACAGAUUAUUAACUACAAAUGAUAUUGAUGGAG